AUGGGGUUACCUGUCGAUAGGACCAUGCUGGCCUGGUGCAGGGAGGUUGCGUUCAACUUCGGUGUUGCUAUCCAUGCUGACCACGCUCUCCACUACCCUCAUUUCGUUGUCACAACUCCAUAUGACGCUCAAACAGCGUGGGACAAACUGCCUUUCUCUGAAUUGAAUACCGGCCGCUUCGGCAUCGAGAUAUGCGAGAUGCUUUUGAACCUGAUCAGGGUAUUUGUCCCAUUCUCUGCCACUUGCUCUCGAUAUCUCCUCGUCUGUGAUCUGAUGAAGUGGAUGAAGUCGUCGUGCCAUUGGCACCCAGAGAACCGAAUCGUAGAUAAAUUCGUCGAUAGAGGCUUAGAUGUCUAUUUUCUCGAGGGAGUCAUUGAUAGCAUAGUCCAGGAAAAACGCCCUAUUAGAGACAUGACAAAUAAUGAGGGGUUGACUGACAUUUUUCAGCACCGGGCCGCGCGUGUAAAGCGUAUGAAGCUGGUGAGCGAAGAAAAGUGGGUGGAGAAUUCGGAUAUGGACGAUUACCCAAGUCACUUAUCGAGCAGUGCUUAUUGGUGCAGAGGUCGACACAUCGUUAUCUAA